AGGCCAACCACAAGGCUACCCACCUUCAGCAUCUCUGAGGAAACUUAGUGAUCAGAGGAACAGGCCAAUAUUUCUGCAACACAGCAUUCCCGUCAUGACGGAAGAGAUGGCCCGGAAUGCCCUCUUGAGCUUUGUGAAUUCCAGGUGUUGCUAUGGCAACCGAGCAGCUGGGGAGCUGGUCAUUCAGGAUCUGAGGCAGCAGAUGUUAUACAGAUAUCGAUUGGAGACCUUUAGUGAAUCCAGGUUAAGUGAAUGGACAUUUCAACCUUAUACCAAUCACUCGGUAGAUGGCCCCCAAAAAGGAGCAUCUCCCAGGCCUUGGGACAUUAAAGUGCACAUCCCUCCCAUGUUUCAGGAGGAGACCAAGAAGUUUCAAGUACCACACUCCUCCUUAGUCAAGGAUUGCCACAAAUGCCAGGGGCGUGGACGGUACAAGUGCAGUGGAUGCCAUGGGGCUGGAAUGAUGAGAUGUGCCUCCUGCAGCGGGGCUAAACGAAAGGCUAAGCAGUCCCGAAGGUGUCAGGUGUGCUCUGGGUCUGGGCGGAAGAGGUGCAGUACCUGUUCAGGUAGGGGGAACAAAACCUGUGCAACAUGUAAGGGAGAGAAAAAGUUAUUGCACUUUAUACAGCUGGUCAUCACUUGGAAAAACAGCCUGUUUGAGUUUGUCACUGAGCACCAUAUGAACUUUCCAGAGGAGCUGUUGGUUAAAGUCAGAGGAGAAAAUAUAUUUAAAGAUGAAAAUGUUAUGGUAUAUCCUAUCAUUGACUUCCCCAAGCAGGAGAUCUCUUUAGCAUCCCAGAGAGGCAUUGCCGAGCACAGUACUGCUUUGGCUGGGAGGUCUCGUGUUCUCCAGCAGCGGCAGACCAUUGAGCUUAUCCCACUCACAGAAGUUCACUAUUGGUACCAAGGGAAGACUCACCUCUAUUACAUCUAUGGCCUGGAAAACAAGGUGUUCGCACUGGACUACCCAGGAAGAUAUUGUUGUGGCUGUACUAUCAUAUGACCAUUGGCAAGGACUCUUUCUAAAGAAGGAAAAUCAGGAACUGAAAUAUACAUCCAUAAAGGAGGAAGAGACAAGGGUUAGGUUUCAAGUGAUCUGGUUCACUUUUUUAAAAUGAAACAUUUGGAAACCCUUAUAUGUUUCAUUACAAAUGGUUCCUGAAAUUGGAAUUCCCAGAUAGAUAUUUGGGGAGCAUCAACUUGAGCACCACUGAUUAUUCCAGGAACAAAUAUUUGCAUUUAAUAAGAACAUAGCCCUCUGCUAGUAGAAUCAGUUCUUCAACACAUAGUAGGUGCAUGCAGAAAUAUGUUUAAUGUGAUUGUACAUAUAUAACCUAUAUCAGAUUGCUUUCUGUCCUAGGGAAGGAGGG